AUGGGGCGGCAGUGGGGGCCCGCCAUGAGGACGGCGGAGCAGGCAGGCUGCGUGGUGAGCGCCUCCCGGGCCGGCCAGCCCGAAGCAGGCUUGUGGAGCUGCAGCGGGGUGAUCCUGAGCCGCAGCCCGGGCCUUGUUCUGUGCCACGGGGGUAUCUUCACCCCCUUCCUGCGGGCGGGCAGCGGGGUCCUGACCGCGGCCAGCGCUGCCUUCCUGCCCGGCGACAGUUGCAACGACGACCUGCGCCUGCACGUGCAGUGGAGCCCAAUGGCCGCGAGUCCCGCAGGCCGCUCGGAGAGGGGCCGUCCGGAGUUGUGCACGCCUCAGUGCGCGGGCCUCGAGCCCCGCUCGUCCGCCCGGCCCCGCGGGCGGCCCCUGCAGCCCCCGCGCCCUGCCGAGCUGCUGCUGCUGCUGAGCUGUCCGGCCUUCCGGGCCCACUUCGCGCGCCUCUUCGGGGGUGACGCGGCCGAGCAGUGGCGCUUCGCCAGCGGAGCGCCGGACGACGAGGUGUCGGAGGAUGAGGAGGAGGAUCAGCUGAGAGCGCUAGGCUGGUUUGCACUGCUGCGCGUGCGGUCUGGCGAGGCAGCAGCCGAGGAGGAUGCGGACGAGCUCGGGGCGGCCGUGGCUGUGGCGCCUCUUGGGACUGUGCCCAAGGGCGCGCCGCUGCUGGCCUGCGGCUCCCCGUUCGGCGCCUUCUGCCCUGACAUCUUUCUCAACACACUGAGCCGCGGCGUGCUUAGCAACUCUGCCGGUCCGUUGCUGCUCACCGACGCGCGCUGCCUACCAGGCACCGAGGGCGGCGGAGUGUUCGCGGUGCGGCCCGCGGGCGCGCUGGUGGCGCUGGUGGCGGCGCCGCUCUGCUGGAAGGCGCGCGAAUGGGUGGGCCUCACGCUGCUUUGCGCGGCCUCCCCCCUGCUCCACGCCGCCCGCGCCGCGCUUGUCGGCCUGCACCCGGGCUCUGAGGUCCUAGCCGCCCAGCUGCCGCCCGAGGUGGGCGCCAUGCGGAGCCUGCCCCUCCAAGACCCCGGACUCCCUUGGGCAGCCGCGGCUGUGCUGGUGGAGUGCAGCACCGUAUGGGGCUCCGGAGUGGCCGUGGCGCCCCGCCUCGUGGUGACUUGCCGGCAUGUGGUCCCUCGGGAGGAGGCCAGGGUCCUGGUGCGCUCCGCCAUCCCCAAGAGUGCCGCCAUCUGGGGCCAUGUGGUGUUUGCUACCCAGGAGAUGUCUCCCUAUGACAUAGCAGUGGUGAGCCUGGAGAAGAGCCUGGAUGGCAUCCCCAUGCCUGUGCCCGCUGAGCACUUCCAUGAAGGCGAGGCUGUCAGUGUGGUGGGCUUCGGCGUCUUUGGCCAGGCUUGUGGGCCCUCGGUGACCUCGGGUAUCCUGUCAGCUGUGGUGCAUGUGGACGACAGGCCGGUGAUGCUGCAGACCACGUGUGCUGUGCAUGGAGGCUCCAGUGGAGGACCUCUCUUCUCCACCCGCUCAGGGGACCUCCUGGGCAUUGUCGCCAGCAACACCCGGGACAAUAACACAGGGGCCACCUACCCCCACCUGAACUUCAGCAUUCCCAUCACGGUGCUCCAGCCGGCCUUGCAGCAGUACAGUGAGACCGGUGACCUGCGCAGUCUCCGCCAGCUGGACCGUGCCACCGAGCCAGUCCAGGUGGUGUGGCGGCUGCAGCGGCCCCUGGCAGAGGUCCCCCGAAGCAAGCUCUGA